AUGAUAGGUGGCUUACUGUAUCUCACAGCAAGUCGCCCUGAUAUAUCCUUUAGUGUAGGUUUAUGUGCCAGGUAUCAAGCCAAUCCUAAACAGUCUCAUCUCUCUGCUGUCAAAAGAAUUUUCAAAUAUCUAGCUGGGACGGUUAACUAUGGUCUUUGGUAUAGUUGUGACACGAAUACCUCUUUGGUCGGAUAUAGUGACUCUGAUUGGGCAGGAUGUAUAGAUGAUAGGAAAAGCACUUCAGGGGGUUGCUUUUACAUUGGGAAUAACCUUGUCUCGUGGUAUAGCAAAAAACAGCAGUCCAUCUCCCUUUCCACUGCAGAAGCAGAAUAUAUUGCAGCAGGCAGCUGUUGCACUCAAUUGAUAUGGCUGAAUAAAAUGCUUACUGAUUAUGGGUAUCCUCAACACACACUGACCAUCUUUUGUGACAGUACAAGCGCCAUCAACAUCUCUAAAAACCCUGUGCAGCACUCUCGGACCAAACACAUCGACAUCAGCAAUGGUUCUUCUGUCCUUCCCCAUCUACUAUAUACUACUUUGAUUGUUACUACACUUGAAUCUUCCCCAGUCAAAAAGGCUACCUCUUCCAGAUGCAAUGGGAAGAGCUCUCAUACACCUGGUUCUAAUAAGUAG